AUGAACGCGAAAGAUUUCUUCGUCGUCGACACCAUGGAAUCAGCCUUUGAGGCGGAUUCAUUAGCUUCAAGUAUUCCGCUGAUCCCUACAAUAGAUCGAAUGGAAGAAAUCUCAGAAGCGUUCAAUACUAUAACGUAUAAGAAAGGAGCUUCUUUACUGGCAAUGUUGAUGGCAGUAAUGGGAGAGGAUAACUUCUACAAGGGAGUGAAGGUAAAUAAUAAGCUGAGCACUCUAAAGCAGCCACCCUCUCUAUGGCAAUGGACCUUGUCCAUAAACUAUCUCCGAAAGUUUGCGUAUUCCAACGUGGAUACUGAAGAUCUGUGGGAAGAAUUGGAUUCUGUCGGGUCGCGAAUCAAAGGACCCAAAGGGGGGCGUCUGAAUACAAAACUAUUUGCAGACCAGUGGGCAAGACAGAUGGGCUACCCGUUAGUAACGGUGGAAACUGUCAAUUCCACCACCUUUGUAAUUUUUCAAGAGCGUUAUAAACAGAAUCCAAAAGCGCACGAGUUGGAAAAAUAUCGAUCCCCGCCUUAUAAGUGGCAAUGGGAUCUUCCCAUAUGGUACCACAUCAACAAUGAGCCAGUGAAGCUGAAGUGGCUGACUAGAAGAUCUCAUUUUCUCAUUUCUGCUGACACUGCACUAACGCCAAUUGUGCUAAACGCUGGUCGCCGUUGUUUUUAUAGACAGAAUUAUGACGAAGACGGCUGGAGGAAGAUCAUCAGACAACUCAAGAACAACCACAAGGUAAGAAAAAGAAGCUAG